UCAUUAGACAGAUGGAAACCACUGAUGUCCAAGUGGCCGGAAGUGAGGGCUGCUGCAAACAAGAGGACAUUGGGGAUUGGACAAUCGCACAGCAACCCAUCCCAUCUCUGUUAGAAGCUUCUCCAUCAAUGAUAAGCCGAGGUGCCCAGUUUCAGGUAGAAGAUCUCUUUCCUCCAAUCACAUCCUCACCGGCAAAAGAAAUGACGGCUCCAGAGAAGGUUCCGUCCAUUAAAGAAGAGGAUAGUAUGGAGUACAGUUGUGAUGACAAGCCUCUCAUUUCAAACUCGCCUCCAGACACUGUGACAGAAAACAACACAACACAAGAAAAACCCUCAACAGAACAACCUGCUCCUGCUCAAACCCAGUCAGGCUCAACAUUGACUUUGCCCAUUUUGUUUUCCAGCCCUUCUCUGUCAAAACAAAUGAUGGUGGUUUUAACACCUGCACAAAAGAUUGAUGCACCAGCAACAGUGAGUUCCCAUUCGGUUCCCGUUCCUUACACCACACGGUACUACUGGAAGAGAAAACUGGUGAAAGAAAAAGAUGGCAUUUAUACCAGGAAGUACUAUGUGCGAAGAUCAGAGGCUAUCCAGUGCAGAAAGUGCAAUAAAGAGAGAAUAAUGUCAACUCAUUGCCAGUAUUUUGGCAACUGGUAUUGUGAGGAGACUGACACAAAACCCUUUGCUGUGUGGAAGGCUGAACUGUUAAAGCGGGGUUAUGGAAAGAAGAAGUUCUGAAGGGUGGAAUCAGUAAUAAACGUCCAACUCCUUUCAUUUUAAUUAUUCUUAUUUAACACUAUUUCUUCAAUUAGUUGCAUGUAAUGAAAUGUGUGAUUUUGGUGCUUCUCACCAAAAUAUAAUUGUAGCGCUGCAAUAAAAUCAUUCAUUGUGUGGCAGUGGACCUGAACUGUUUUGUCCAUAUUACUCAACACUUCUACUCUUCAUAAUUAGUUUCAGGCAAAAAUAUUAAUUUUAUUUAUGCUUAAGGUCUAUCAUUUAUUGCAGUUGGAACCUCAUAAUAAUUUAAAUAAGCCAUAUAAAACCAAACAUUAACACAAAGUUUAGUCUAGAAGCUAG